AAUGGAAUUGUCUUGCAGAAAUUUAUUAAGAAAUACUUGAAGGAAUACAAUGGAGAGCAAAGAAAAGAUCAAGUUUUCAGAAAUCCGGAAUUCCAUUGAAGUUCUUCAGAGUGAAAGAAGCGGACUGGAAGCUUUUUUGAAAAAAAUAAUCAAAAUUUGGAAGUCUUUGGAGGAAAGCAACGAAGCAGCUGAUAAAGAAAUCCAAAAAUUGAGAAUUAAGGAACACAAAAUUGAAGCAUCCUGUAAAGUUUGUGAAUUUCAAGAACAGAAGCUGCUGAAAAAAGUCGAAAACCUCGAAGAGAAGGACCGAGUUCUACGUGAAAAUGUCUCAGCCACCCACCUCAAAAUCAAAGGAUAUAAUGAAGAGUGUUUUAAGGAUACAGAGAACUUUGAAAAAGAAGCGCAAAGUCUUUCAGAAAAUUUCCUUUCAUCAUUUUCGAUCAAGGGAGUCGGUGGAGUAAAUGAAAAUAUUUAUAACUUGAUAGAAGAAACAAGAAAAGAAUACGAGGAAACAAUUACCGCUCUGAAUAAAGCCAAGAACGAAUUAGAUGACAUCAUCAUGUACCAAACACCACGCAGCCAAAAGGAAAUCGAAAUACCUCUGAGUCAAAGGAAAGUAAUUCUGAAAAUAUUUGAGAAUGCUCUCGUUGAAGCAAAAAGCUCAUUUAAUAAUUUGAAAGAAGUAAAAAGCAGUAAAGAAGCAGAAUUGGAAAAAUUAAACAGGUCACUUUUUUAAGUCCCUUAAAUCCCAAGUAAAAGAAAUUCUUUCUUCUUUAAAGUUUUCUUCCAUUGAACUACAUGUUUGUAACUAAGCUUACGCUUCUAUUUAAAUAUUUAAAUGUAACUUAUGAAAGGUGUUACUUAACAAUUUUUGAUGAAAAUAAACUAUACAAAUAGGAAAUGAAAUGGGUGCUUAAUUUAACUAACUGAAUUAAUCACAGUGAUUACAGUUUUAUUAUUAAGAAAAUUGCUUUCAUAAUAAUAAUCAUUUGAAAUAUUUCUUUAAAAGUUCUAAAUUCUUUAAAAUUUCAGUUUUGCUUCAAAUAAUAUCAAUGUCAAUAAUAACAAUAUCUGUUGGCAGCACUUUU